AUUGGGGGAGACCGGGGCAAGUUGUCACUCUGCUUUCACUGGCACGUAAGCACCAUAACAUACGGAAAAAGAAGGUAUAGACGGAUUCAAAUAGGCAAACUAUUGUCUUGUCCAACAGUUUCAUACUGUAAGUGUGCGCGUCGGUGCGCAGUGGUGAUGGUGUAUGGACAGACAUCGUGAACGGAACGGAUACUGACGGAUGAGAGAGUCUUCCCGCUGCUGUAUCUGCAAGAUUCCAUUCACCCUCAAACGAUAGCCCAAAAUAAGGAUCAGGUCUGGAUUUAUUCACUCGCCUGUGCUCUUGUUUGACUGAGGUUUAGAGAUCCAGACUGGAUUCAGUGUCCAGAUCUCAUCAGAUUCCCCUCCGGCGGAUCACAUGUGCCUCCGCCGACACAUCGCGGCAUCGCUGGGGUUCCAGAGUAUCGAGUUUUGUACAUUUGGUGCGCGUUUGGACGGCGGCAGAUAAGAUGCGGUGCGGACUGUGACAGCGGAUUUCUCCAGCAGUAGAGUUGACACACACGCACGCUGCUGAGGGAUCAUUCAUCUAUCUACCAGACGCUUCCUAGCUGCGCCGUUGCUCUGAGAUAUCACACAUACGCCAGACUGCGCCCGUCUGAAGACACGCCACGACUGCAUUUGUUUAUUUGACUUCUCUCUCCGCUCGCCCAUCUGGAUUCUCUCCCUGCCCUCUCCAUCUUCCUCUCUCCCUCCUGUGACAUCAUGUGGAGUGCUAAAAAGUUCUUUUCUCUGCUUAGUUUGUUUCAAACGCUCCCCUGGGCCCUUGGCCACAGUCCAAAUCCGUUCUCAGGGCCACAGGCGACACAAACGGACCCCUGCUACGACGAGACGGGUGCCGCCCGCCGCUGCAUCCCAGAAUUUAUCAAUGCGGCGUUCGGGCAGGAGGUUGUCGUGUCAAGCAUGUGCGGCCGCCCGCCGUCUCGCUCCUGCACUCUGGUGGAGCGCGAGGACCGUCCUUCCGUCCGAACGUGCCAGGUGUGCGACGCGUCGGACCCUCGCAACGCUCACCCGGCCUCCUACCUCACUGAUUUAAACUCCGCGCACAACCUCACCUGCUGGCAGUCGGAGAACCUACAGGGCUCGCCGCUCAACGUCACCCUCACGCUGUCGCUCGGCAAGAAGUUUGAGAUCACCUAUGUCAGCCUGCAGUUCUGUUCGCCGCGGCCCGAGUCCCUGGCCAUCUUCAAGAGCAUGGACUAUGGCCGUACGUGGACUCCGUAUCAGUUCUACUCUUCGCAGUGCCGUCGCAUGUACAACCGGCCCAACAAAGCGACCAUCACAAAGCAGAACGAGCAGGAGGCAUUGUGCACGGACGGGCACACCGACGCCUUCCCGCUUUCUGGUGGCCUUAUUGCGUUCAGCACGCUGGAUGGACGCCCGUCUGGGAAGGAUUUUGACUCGAGUCCCGUACUGCAAGACUGGGUGACGGUCACCGACAUCCGCGUGGUCUUCAGUCGCCCGCAACACCCCAGAGCGCUGCCCAUGUCUGGCCGUGAGAGCGAGGACCCUCUCGUGGCAUCCGGAGGUCUACCGUCGUAUUUUUACGCCGUGGGCGACUUCCAGGUUGGCGGGAGGUGUAAAUGCAACGGUCACUCCUCCAGGUGCGUGAGGGAGAAGGACGGAAAACUGGUUUGUGACUGCAAGCAUAACACGGAGGGGCCAGAAUGUGAUCGAUGCAAACCCUUUCACUACGAUCGACCGUGGCAGCGCGCUACAGCAAAAGAAGCCAAUGAAUGUUUGCCGUGUAACUGUAACCUGCACGCACGGCGCUGUCGCUUCAAUAUGGAGUUGUAUAAACUGUCGGGCCGUAAGAGCGGAGGAGUGUGCAUGAACUGCAGACACAACACGGCCGGACGACACUGUCAUUACUGUAAAGAAGGAUUCUACAGAGACAUGGGCAAACCCAUCACACAUCGCAGAGCAUGCAAAGCGUGUGACUGCCAUCCGGUGGGAGCUGCAGGUAAAACGUGUAACCAGACGACAGGUCAGUGUCCGUGUAAAGACGGAGUGACCGGGAUAACCUGCAACCGCUGCGCGAAAGGCUAUCAGCAGAGCCGAUCGCCCGUUGCUCCGUGCAUCAAAGUCCCUGUUAUAAAGCCGACAGCUGUGAUCAGCACUACAGAGGAGCCUGCUGAUUGUGAGUCGUACUGUAAACCACCGAAGGGAAAUCUCAAGAUAAACAUGAAGAAAUACUGCAAAAAAGACUACGCGGUCCAGGUCAGCGUGUUGGACAUGGAGACGGUCGGCGACUGGGCCAAAUUUACUGUCAACCUGGUGUCUGUGUACAAGAGCCGCGACGAGCCGCUGAAGAGAGGCGAUAACGUGCUGUGGGUCCACAUGAAAGAUCUGGCCUGCAAAUGUCCUCGCAUACACAUGGGCAAACGCUUCCUCAUCCUGGGCACCACCGAGGGCGCCGCGAGCCCCGAACGCCCGGGACUCCUGCCGGAUAAAAACAGUCUGGUCAUUCAGUGGAGGGACAUUUGGACUCGACGACUGCGUAAGUUCCAGCGCAAGGAGAAGAAAGGCAAGUGCGGCAAAGCAUGAUGGGAUUGCAGGGAACUCUUUAGCAUUGACCACUGUUCUGUGUACGCGGGAGACUGCGGCGAGCGGCCGCGCGUGUGCGAAAGCGAACUCCUGAGCAUGGUUGUCUGUGUGUUAUUUGAUGUAUCGUCCUGUUGGUCAGCCUUCAAAAGGGACCGAUAAAAAGACUCUUUUAUAAUCUCACACCACUGAAUCACAAUCACACAUCUGAGCACAUUUUCAUUUCAUGCUAAACCUACAGUUUUAUUAAACUAAUCGGAAAUAUGUCCUCACGUUACAGUCGGCGGAGUGAACCUGUCUGCGUCUGGUUGAAUGUUGUAAAUGCAUGUUUGUUGGAUUUAAAAUCAAAAGCCUCAUUGUUUGUUAUUCAGGCCUGAUUUCACAUAGUCUUGUGUGUGAAUAUCUACAGGUACUUUAACACUAAAAGAUCGAAACUUGUCAUUUGGUCUAAUGCAGAAUGGAGUGAAUGUUGAUUGAUUUUGACCCCCAAAUCUCACUGAAAACUGGCCGAAGAGAAGUUAUGGUUAAAAAUUUCAAUUUGCAAAUAUCUUUAACACGUGUGUAGCCGUGUGUUAUCGUGAGGACAGUAGAACUGUACAGUAAUAUGAAGGACUGCAUCAUAGUUUCCUAUGGAUGGACGUAAUUGAUUAUACACAAUCAUAUAUUUCAACAUGAAAGGUGUGUGUGUGAUGGCAAAGACCAUGAGACAUUUUCUGUCUCCGAAUUGUUUUGAAUCUGUUUUUUACCCUUCAGAUGUUUUUGUUAUUACUAACACGAGCAUUAACUACUAACGUGAUGUUUUCAUACUUAUACAAGCAUCCGCAGAUAACACACUUCAGUCUUUUACACACACACACCGACCUCAGAAUGUGGAUGUCAUGACGCCCACAGUCACGUGACACAUAUAUAGAUAUCAAAUAUAACCUUCACACGGUUCACAUCGAGAUGGAUGUGUUGUGUUUCUAUUUUUCUGCCGUGUUUAUGACUGUCUGUGAUCUAGCUGCAUUACAAUCCAACACUCACAGUGACAUCAUCAUAUUAUAUUUCUAAUUAUGCAGCAGUCCUCGAAUCCGAUUGGACGAGAGGCAUUCCGAAAGAACAGCACUGGGACGCUUUGUUGUUUUGUUUGUCUCCAGCACAGUAACUAAUAGAACAAUACGUGAGAAUGAAUCACGGCCGUGAUAAUGUCGCACACAGCUGAUGAUUCAUCAAAUCUGUUGAUUGUUUUUGUGUGACUGACCGCUUCAAAUAUUCUUUCACCCCUGGUAUGAUUCCAUGUUCCGUCAAUCCGGUUUGGCAAAAACACGCUGUUUCCAUCCCAGCCAAGCGUGCGUUAGGUAAACGUUAAAGAAACAAAGCGAGUAAACUGGUAUUGUUUGCCGCAGAGCGAGUGUGGACGUCUUUUCACUUAGAAAAUCAACUCAAUGUUUCAUUUAACCCGGUGUGUGUAACAUUUACACAACUGUAUAUUUACAUAUUUGUGUAUGAAUGUAUAUAUGUGUGUAUAUUCACAUGCAUUAGGCUGAUCACGUGUGUGUGCGUGUUUAUUUGUGUGUAUAUUGACAUGCACUGUAUGAAUGUGUACAUACGUAAGUAAAUAUGAAAUGUAUGCGUGUGAGGAAGAUACAUCCGUCUAACCGAGAAAGCUUAUCUGCUUGUCUUCACUUCUUUUGUUUGCUGUUUCUCUGUUCUACUGCAUUGACCACUGAAUUAAUCAAAUAUACACAAUAAAUUAUUAGUUGAUGUA